GCGGCCCGACCCAGCGGGAGGAAGAUGGCGGCGCUCAUCCCCCUCAGCCAGCAGUUUUCUACUGGGAAUCCAAUAUAUGAAACUUAUUACAAACAGGUAGAUCCAACAUACACAGGGAGAGUUGGGGCAAAUGAAGCUGCGCUGUUUCUUAAAAAAUCAGGUCUCUCUGAUGUCAUCCUUGGAAAAAUAUGGGAUUUGGCUGACCCAGAGGGUAAAGGAUACUUAGAUAAACAGGGUUUCUAUGUCGCCUUGCGCCUCGUAGCAUGUGCACAGAAUGGCCACGAUGUCAACCUGAGCAGUCUGAAUUUGACUGUGCCACCUCCUAAAUUUCAUGACUCUAGCAGUCCUUUGUUGAUCACACCACCCUCAACAGAGACUCACUGGGCUGUUAGGGUGGAAGAAAAAGCAAAGUUUGAUGGUAUUUUUGAAAGCCUUUUGCCAGUAAAUGGUUUACUUUCAGGAGACAAAGUAAAACCAGUACUGAUGAAUUCAAAGCUACCUCUUGAUAUCCUUGGAAGGGUCUGGGAUCUCAGCGAUAUUGAUAAAGAUGGUCACCUGGACAAGGAUGAAUUUGCAGUGGCAAUGCAUUUGGUUUAUAGAGCUCUUGAGAAAGAGUCAGUUCCUUCACAGUUGCCCCCUUCUCUCAUACCACCUUCUAAAAGAAAGAAGACACCGGUUUUUCCUGGAGCAGUCCCUGUUCUCCCUGCCAGCCCUCCACCCAAAGACAGCCUUCGUUCUACCCCAUCCCAUGGCAGUGGCAGCAGCCUCAACAGCAUAGGGAACUUAUCUCCCAAGCACAGCAUCAAACAAGCACAGCCAGCUGUGAAUUGGGUGGUACCAAUGUCUGAAAAAGUACGAUACGAUGAAAUUUUCUUAAAAACGGACACAGACAUGGAUGGGUUUGUGAGUGGCCARGAAGUAAAGGACAUUUUUAUGCAUUCAGGUCUGUCUCAGAAUCUCCUAGCUCAUAUAUGGGCUUUGGCAGACACGAGGCAGAUGGGAAAGCUCAGCAAGGACCAGUUUGCCCUGGCCAUGUAUCUCAUCCAGCAGAAAGUCAGCAAAGGGAUUGACCCUCCCCAGGUUUUAUCUCCAGAUAUGAUCCCUCCCACAGAGAGGAACACWCCCAUCCAGGACAGUGCAAGUUCUGUUGGAUCAGGAGAAUUCACAGGGGUGAAGGAGCUGGAUGAUAUCAGUCAGGAAAUUGCUCAGCUGCAGAGAGARAAAUAUUCCCUAGAGCAGGACAUUAGGGAAAAGGAAGAAUCAAUCAGACAGAAAACCAAUGAAGUUCAGGAACUGCAAAAUGAUUUAGACAGGGAAACGAGUAACUUGCAAGAGCUGGAGGCUCAAAAACAGGAUGCCCAAGACCGCCUGGAUGAGAUGGACCAGCAGAAAGCCAAACUGAAGGAUAUGCUGAGUGAUGUGAGGCAGAAAUGCCAGGAGGAAACACAGGUGAUUUCAUCACUAAAAAUGCAGAUCCAGUCUCAGGAAUCAGAUUUAAAAUUACAGGAAGAUGACCUUAAUAGAGCAAAAGCAGAGCUGAAUCGCCUCCAGCAAGAAGAGACUCAGCUAGAGCAGAGUAUCCAGGCUGGAAAAGUGCAGCUUGAAACAAUAAUCAAAUCUUUAAAAUCAACCCAGGAAGAAAUAAACCAGGCAAGAAGUAAACUCUCUCAGCUGCAAGAGAGCCAUCAGGAAGUGAAUAAGAGCAUUGAGGAAUACAAUGAAGCUCUCAAUGGCAUCCAUGGAGGAAGUCUGACCAAUUUAGCAGACAUGAGUGAAGGCCUUGGGCACACAGAAAGAGGCAAUUAUGGAGCUGUGGAUGAUCCGUUUAAGAACAAAGCUUUGAUGUUUACCARUAAUACCCAAGAAUUGCAUACAGACCCAUUCCAGUCAGAAGAUCCUUUCAAAUCUGAUCCAUUUAAGGGAGCAGACCCCUUCAAAGGCAGUGACCCAUUCCAGCAUGAUCCUUUUGCAGAACAGCCCCCUGCUCCAGCAGAUCCGUUUGGAGGAGAUCCUUUCAAGGAAAGUGACCCAUUUCGUAGCUCUGCCCCUGAGGAUUUCUUCAAGAAACAGGUGAAGAGUGACCCAUUUACCUCAGAUCCAUUCACAAAACCCCCCACUUUACCCUCAAAGCCUGACCCUUUUGAAAGCACUGAUCCCUUUACGUCUUCCAGUAUCUCUUCAAAAGGUCCAGAUCCGUUUGGAACGCUGGAUCCAUUUGGAAGUGGUGCUUUCAGUGGUGGUGAGGGAUUUGCAGACUUCAGUCAAAUGUCAAAGUCAGUAGCUUCAGACCCUUUUGCCUCCUCUUUUGGAGGGGUGGGAUUCACAGAGGACCCUUUCAAAAGCAAAUCAGACACACCAGCGUUGCCACCSAAGAAAAACAUCCCUCCACGACCCAAACCACCCAGUGGUAAAAGUACUCCUGUAAGCCACCUUGGUUCUGCAGAUUUUCCCAAGCCCCAUGAUCCAUUCCAACCAUUUGGGGCUGACAGCAGUGACCUGUUUCAAAGUAAAAAGGGGUUUGGGGACCCAUUUAGUGGAAAAGAUCCAUUUGCUCCCUCCUCUUCAAGUAAAACUUCUAAAGACUCUUCCUUGGGGUUUGCAGACUUCAGCUCUUUUGGAAAUGAGGAGCAGCAGCUGGCCUGGGCGAAGAGGGAGAGUGAAAAAGCAGAGCAAGAAAGAUUGGCUCGGUUACGGCGACAAGAACAGGAAGACCUCGAGUUGGCCAUUGCACUCAGUAAGGCUGACAUGCCAAACUCCUAAAAUUUGGGGCUCUGGAGAAAGGAAAAAAACCUCGCAGCAAGGCUUUUAUAAAAUUACUAAACCCUUGGUUGAUCUUGUGAAAAGUUCUUUUAGUCACCUUGAGAUGCGAGCGCGAAAAAAACCCCGCAGGAAGCGCUGUAUAAUCUGUAUUAUAAUUGUUCUAGAUCCAAUUUAUUGCUUGUAAGAAAUUUUAACGUGUAACCCCCUAAAAUGCUGAAAAGUUUCUUUCUCUGCAACCCAGAGUGAGCUGCAGCUGGUGAUUUUGAUGGGCUGAAUUCCACGGGGUCUUGGAGGCUGCGGGAUGAAUUUCCCACAAAAUUGCCAUGAAAAAAAUGAGAAUAUUCAUAGAAUUAGCUUUCACUUGUUGCAUUUAUUUAAAAAUUCGUGGUUGGCUAAUCAGGAUGUCUUCUGCAUCAUUAUGGCAAGGCAUAAAUUGAUUAUUGGAUUUUAUCCARGAUGUCUUCUGCAUCAUUAUGKCAAGGCAUAARUUGAUUAUUGGGUUUUAUCCAGAAGAUGUGGCUUUUUACAGAAGAAUCUGGAAAUGUAGAUGGAUACAAAACAGCGAAUUUUGUAAAACAGAACAAAUUUAAAAGCUCUAGAAAUUAGCAGAAAUUAGGAAUUCUUCUAAUGGAAACAUUUGUUUGCGUUGAGUUUUAAUAAUUGUGACUAAAAGUUAAUUCAGCUGUGGUAAAUGGGAUAAAUAAUCCAGCAGUGGAGGGAUGAAGUGAAAAUUGUGCUUUGCUGGAAGCUGACAGGAUUUUCAGGGUGCUGCUGAUGCACCUUUGGGUGCUGCUUUCAUCCAGAAAUCAAGAAAUGGAAAAGUUGACAAAAAAUUUGAGGAGUUUUCACCCCUCCAACUCAUUGUAGCUUCAUUUCCUCCAACUCCCAGCACCCAGCCCGGGCUGUGUCACCCUCUGGGACCGUCCCUCCUUCAAUUCCCCCUCUUUGGGGUUACAAUUUAGCAGAUUUAGCUGAGCUAAAGCCAAAUUGAAUCCAUUUUUAGUUGCCAAAUUCACAUUCACCCAUCAGUUCUGGCAGCACUGGUGGUCUGGGCUGGCUCUGAAAUGCAAUUUUGCAGCAUUCAGACCAGGGAGGAGCAGGUUUUGUGUGCACUGAAUUUUUCACCUGUGAAGGACAGCAGAGAGGGUGUUUGACUUGUCAUAGGAAAAAAAAAAAAUAACUCUGUGAAUUUAAUUUGCUUCCUAGAAAUGCCUUUUCUGAUUACAGGAAUUCCAGAAUUUCAGUUGUGUUUGCCUUGGAGUUUUCUCUCCUAGAGUAGGGAUCCAGCAGAACAUUUUUAAACGUCCUCAGUCUUUUUUCCUGCCCUUUGUUCUCUGGGAAUACAAAGCUUUACAUUCUGGGUUUUAUCCAUGCAGCCCUGACCUUACAACAUUUUCUCUAAUUUUUUUCUUUUAUUUCUUUUUAAUGUGAUGUUCCUUCAUCACCUUUCACCCAUUUCUAUUUUUUAUUUCCUUUUCACCCUCCAAUGUUAGUGCCUGUUGAGUGAAUGAAAACAAAUCUUUCCCAGUUCUGUUGGGGUUUGCCUUAUCCCGAGUGUUUUUCCCUCACCAGAUCAGAUCCUUUUGGGGCAUCUCGAUGGUUUUCAGCUCUGAAAUGCAGCCAAAUUGUGACAUUUGGAAUCUCAGGAUUUUGUGAUCCACUUUUGGGAUGGUUUUUUUAGGAAUCACAGCUCCCCUUUUGCUAAUGGUACCACAAUUAAUGCGAACCUUUUCUCCUCAGGAGGGGAGAAGAUUUAUUUUUAAUACCAAAACCAACGGUGUAAUGAUCAUUAAUCCUGUCCUUUAAUGAGCCCUCUGGGAUGCAAUGGAAGCUAUUUGUGAUUUGGCAGAGCCUGAUUUGAAAUCCCUUCCCCUUUGUGGUUGUUUUUCUCUAAAAUGUGUUUGAUGACGUGAUCAAACAUCCUAAAAUGUAAAAAAAAAAAAUCUGUUGGUGUAGAGGAUUUGAAGUCUGUGAGAGCUGACUUGGAUCUGUGUAGAUACCACAAUAUAAAACUUUUGCCGUGAAAGAGCAAUUUUCCAAAGCAAUUUUUCCAAUAAAAUUUAGAAAGGAAUGCCAGUUCUGUCCUGGGUGAUGUCACCCCAGUGGGACAGGGACUUUGACUGAACACCUUGAUUCAUUUUUUAAGCUCUGCACCUUAACAAGACUUUCUGCUGCUUUGUCAGAGCACUAAAAUACUGAAUUUAUAAUUCUUCCAAGCCACUGAGAUGGUGUUUUCCAGAUGUCCAGCAGGGAGGCAGAAGGGUGAAUUAAUCCAGCAUUCUUUUAUCAUGUUGGGCUCAUUUUUAUAUUUCUUUAUUAAAUCUUCCUCGUAUUUGCUUGAAGGACAGAACACAACACGUUUUCUAUGCAGAAUUAGAUUUAGGAACCUCAAUUUUACUGAAACACUCUUGAUUCAAAAGGUUAGAACACUUAGAUGUGAUUCCUCACUUUGUAUUUCCUGUGGUUUUCCAUAAAAAAAAGGAAGAUUCCCCACAUUCUUUCCCUGUGCAGUAAUUGAGUGUUUGUACAACACCUGCCCUUUCUCUCUGAGGCAAAACUCUUUGUAAAAACCUGAAUUUUCUUCCUCCAGAACAGCCAAAUUCAAAGCACAAGCAGACCUGCUGCUAUUUGGGCAGAGAAAA